AAUGAGAACGAUGACAACAGUGCACGUGACCGCGGAUUGUGAAGCUCUCAAGUGCUGGAUCAUCACAAAAUGCGGGAUUUUGCGGUCUCCUGGUUCUUACUGUCCUUCCCAUAGCACCACGAAAAUGUUCUGGACCGGACCAGUAAACGAUGUUGAGAAUCUCAGCAGCAGGAGCAGCUCGUUGUACUUAUAUAACCGCCUCAAUCUUCACUUCGACCUACAAUAUCAACUCGAGAGCGAGAAUUUGUACUGA